AUGGCUUUCCCCAAACAGAGUCAGGGUUUUAGUCUCUGGAUAUGUACACUGACGCUGGUCGUGUCUACAUUGGCCGAUCACUACAGUGAAAUGGGAGGAAUGGGUGGAAUGGGUGGCAUGGGAGGAGGAUCUUCCGGAGGAGGCAAAACCUGGUGCUGUGAAAAUGCUAACCUCAUAAAUGGACGAUGUGUGUGUAAAGCUAACUACAAAGGCGACAGCAAACAUCCCUGCGAUCAACCAUGCUGGGACAAAUGUGGACCGAAUUCUGUUUGUGACGUGCAGGAAUUCGUAUGUCACUGUAAAAAAGGCUACGUUGGUGAUCCCUACUCAAGCAUGGGAUGUGAUGUACCAUGCGGUGGUAAAUGUAUCGCUAAUGCCUUCUGUAAUAAAAUAACCAAUCAGUGUGAAUGUAAGGAAGGCUACAGUGGAAGUGCUAUAACCAAAUGUUACAUCCCCUGUGAUAAUAAAUGUAAGGCUAACUCCUACUGCCGGGAAUCAGACAAUAAAUGUGUGUGUAAUACCGGAUACCUUGGAAACCCUUACAAGGGAUGUGAACUUCCAUGUGGCGGCAGUUGUCCAUCAAACUCCUACUGCGAUAUAAAAACUAACAAAUGUGCCUGUAACAAAGGUUACAUUGGUAAUCCCUACAAGGAUGGUUGUGAAGUUCCAUGUGGAGGAAAAUGUGUUUUCAACGCCUUCUGCAAAAACAAAGACAACAAGUGUUACUGUAAUCCUGGACUGGUGGGAGACCCCUACACAAGAUGUGCCAAACCAUGUGACGACGCCUGUAAGGAGAACGCUUACUGUAACAAGAAAGACAACAAAUGUUACUGUAAUAGGGGAUAUAUAGGAGUACCAACUGUAGGCUGUAGAAAACCAUGUGACGACAGAUGUGCUAAGACUGCCUACUGUGAUACAGACAACAAAUGUAAAUGCAGGGAAGGUCUGGUUGGAGAUCCAUACGUCAAAUGUGGAAAGCCAUGUGACGGAAAAUGUAAGAAGAACGCUUACUGUGAUAGCGGCAGUAACCGAUGUCGCUGCAACAAGGGAUUUGUCGGAGAUCCUUAUAAGGGAUGUGAUGUACCAUGUAGAGGGAAAUGUAGAGAGAACGCUUUCUGUAACAGCAAUAACGAGUGUGAAUGUAAAGCUGGAUUUAUCGGAGAUCCGUACAAGGGAUGUAGCGAGCCAAGCGUUUUCUCUCUCGUACGCCCUAGUUAUUCUGUAGAGGAAAAUAUCGGUCAGGUACAGAUAGAAGUCGUGAGGACAAAGGGAAGUUCAGGAACGUAUGUUGUAUCAUGGAAAAGCAACGACGGCACUGCCGUGCAGAAGAAAGACUACCUUGGCACCAAGGGAACAGUCAAUUUCAAGAGCGGAGUUUCAAGUCAAAAAAUCAGUAUCAAAAUUGUUAAUGAUAAGAUUUACGAACCUAAUGAGUCAUUUACAGUAUCUCUAACAGAUGUUACCACUGGUGGAUCUCUCGGAUCACUUACAACCACUACUGUAACAAUUAAGAAUGAUGAUGCACCCUGUGGAGGACCCUGUAAAGCCAACGAACAUUGUGACAUGCAGUCUCAGGAAUGUGUCUGUAACAUGGGUUACAUCCUGUACAAAAAAGCCUGCACUCUGCCAUGUGGUGGACCAUGUGGACCUAACGAACGAUGUAAUCGUCCCUCCAACAAAUGCGUGUGUAUCACCGGAUAUAUGUCAUACAAAGGCUCGUGUGUAUUGCCAUGUGGAGGACCAUGUGGACCUAACGCUUACUGUGACAAGAACAAGAACCAGUGUGUUUGUAACAAAGGCUACUUACUGUAUCAUGGAUCAUGUGUCUUGCCAUGCGGAGGACCAUGUGGACGCAAUGCAUAUUGUGACAAGUCCAGCAACCAGUGUGUCUGCAACAAGGGAUACGUCCUGUUCCAUGGAUCUUGUACUCUCCCAUGCGGAGGAAAAUGCCCACCCAAUUCCCGCUGUGACUCAGUGACAAACCAGUGUGUAUGCGUCAAAGGAUAUAUCUUCUUCUCAGGUUCCUGUCAAUUGCCCUGUGGUGGACCUUGUGGCAAGAACGCAUAUUGCGAUCAACAUUCCAACCAAUGCGUUUGUAAUACAGGAUAUGUUAUAUUCAAAGGCUCAUGUACACUGCCUUGCGGAGGACCUUGCAAAGGUAAUGCUUACUGUGACCAAAGCAGCAACCAGUGUGUAUGUAACCAAGGUUAUAUGCUAUACAAAGGAUCGUGUGUCUUGCCAUGCGGAGGACCAUGUGGGCCCAACGCUUACUGUGAUAAAUCUAGAAACCAAUGUGUCUGUAACCAAGGGUAUUUCCUUUUCCAUGGAUCAUGUACAUUGCCCUGUGGAGGAUCAUGUGGACCCAACUCCUAUUGUGACAAGUCCAGUAAUCAGUGUGUCUGUAACAAGGGAUACAUGUUGUUCCACGGAUCCUGUGUCUUACCGUGUGGAGGAGCCUGUGGAACCAAUGCGUACUGUGAUAAAGGAAUCAACCGGUGUGUCUGUAAUACAGGAUAUAUCCUCUAUCAUGGAACAUGUACACUACCAUGUGGAGGACCAUGUGGAAAGAAUGCAUAUUGUGAUCGCUUAUCCAACCAAUGUGUCUGUAACCAGGGAUACUCAUUGUAUCAGGGAACUUGUAUCUUGCCAUGCGGUGGGCCAUGUGGACCAAAUGCUCGAUGUGACCUCAUCUCUAACAAGUGUGUCUGUUACCAAGGAUACGUCCUGUUCAAAGGAUCCUGUGUCUUGCCAUGUGGAGGACCUUGUCUACCAAAUGCUUUCUGUAACAAAGUCACCAACCAAUGCGAAUGUAACAAGGGAUUUAUGCUAUACCACGGACAAUGUACCCUGCCAUGCGGAGGACCAUGUGGACCCUACUCUUAUUGUGACAAAGGCAGGAACCAGUGUGUCUGUAACAAGGGAUAUGUUCUGUUCCACGGAACCUGCACUCUGCCAUGUGGUGGAAAGUGUUCACCCAAUGCUUAUUGUAACGAGGCCAGCAAUAGGUGCCAGUGUAACCAAGGAUACGUAGGAGACGCAUACCAGGGAGGAUGUCAUCUUCCAAGUGUGAUUCAGUUUGUCCGAAGCAGCUACUCAGUGAAGGAAGGCAUUUCAAAACAGGUAGUGAUCGAGUUAGAAAGGACUGGUGGAACGUAUGGAUCUGUUACAGUCAGCUGGGUUACUCGAGACAUCACCGCUAAUUACGGCAGGGACUUUUCCAAUAACCAAGGAUCUGUCACAUUUAACAGUGGUUCAAAAUCAGAGUCUCUCUCUAUAGAUAUCGUCAACGAUCAGGUUUACGAACAAACUGAAACGUUCUCCGUGAGUCUAACCAUGCUCUCAGUUUCCGUUGGAGCGUCCAUUGGUAGUAGAAGAGUGGUAACAGUCACAAUCCAGGAUGACGACAAGCCAUGUGGAGGACCAUGUGGUCCCAAUGCCCGCUGCGACAUGAUGUCCCAGAAAUGUGUCUGUAACACAGGAUACAUCUUAUUCAAAGGCUCAUGUUCACUCCCUUGUGGUGGACCUUGUAAACAAAAUGCAUACUGCAACCGACAAACCAAUCAGUGUGUCUGUAAUACCGGAUAUUCACUCUAUCACGGAUCGUGCGUUUUUCCCUGUGGAGGACCUUGUGGACCUAACGCUCGCUGUGAUAAGGUUUCCAAUCAGUGUGUCUGUAACCAAGGAUACUUCCUUUACCAUGGUUCCUGCACUCUGCCAUGUGGGGGACCAUGCGGACCUUACGCUCGUUGUGACAAAGCUAGCAACCAGUGUGUCUGUAACACAGGAUACUUCCUCUACCACGGAUCAUGCGUCUUGCCUUGUGGAGGACCAUGCGGACCUAACGCUCGCUGUGACAAAGCCAGCAACCAGUGUGUCUGCAACACAGGAUACUUCCUCUACCACGGAUCUUGCACUCUGCCAUGUGGCGGACCUUGUGGACCUAACGCUCGUUGUGACAAAGCUAGCAACCAGUGUGUCUGUAACACGGGAUAUUUCCUUUACCACGGUUCAUGCGUCCGUCCAUGUGGAGGACCAUGCGGACCAAACGCUCGUUGUGACAAAGCUAGCAACCAGUGUGUCUGUAACACAGGAUACUUUCUUUACCACGGAUCAUGCGUCUUGCCUUGCGGAGGACCAUGCGGACCUAACGCUCGUUGUGACAAAGUCAGAAACCAGUGUGUCUGUAACACAGGAUAUGUCCUGUAUCAUGGAUCUUGUACCCGUCCAUGUGGAGGACCAUGUGGACCAAACGCUCGUUGUGACAAGGCUAGCAACCAGUGUGUCUGUAACACAGGAUACUUCCUCUACCACGAAUCAUGCGUCUUGCCUUGCGGAGGACCAUGCGGACCUAACGCUCGUUGUGACAAAGUCAGAAACCAGUGUGUCUGUAACACAGGAUAUGUCCUGUAUCAUGGAUCUUGUACCCGUCCAUGUGGAGGACCAUGCGGACCAAACGCUCGUUGUGAUCAGUCAUCCAAUCAGUGUGUCUGUAACACAGGAUACGUCCUCUACCAUGGAUCAUGUACAAUUCCUUGCGGAGGACGUUGUGGAUCUAACGCCUAUUGCGACAAAGUCAGAAACCAGUGUGUCUGUAACACAGGAUAUUACCUUUAUCAUGGAUCAUGUGUCUUGCCAUGCGGAGGACCUUGUGGACCUAACGCUCGCUGUGACAAGGUUUCCAAUCAGUGUGUCUGUAACCAAGGAUACGUACUGUUCAAGGGAUCUUGCACCCUUCCCUGUGGAGGACAUUGUGGAUCUAACGCCUAUUGUGAUAAGAGUAGGAACCAGUGCGUCUGUAACACGGGAUAUUACCUUUAUCAUGGUUCAUGUGUCCUGCCUUGUGGAGGACAAUGUGGACCAAACUCCCGAUGUGAUCGCUCAACCAAUCAGUGUGUCUGUAACACAGGAUACGUCCUCUAUCACGGAUCGUGUACUUUGCCUUGUGGAGGACAAUGUGGACCAAACUCACGAUGUGAUCGCUCAACCAACCAGUGUGUCUGUAACACAGGAUACGUCCUCUAUCACGGAUCGUGUACUCUGCCGUGUGGUGGACAUUGUGGAUCUAACGCCUAUUGUGAUAAAGUCAGGAACCAAUGUGUCUGUAACACAGGAUUCGUCCUCUACCACGGAUCAUGUACCCUACCAUGUGGUGGCCCAUGUGGACCUAACGCUCGAUGUGACAAGAGCUCAAACCAGUGUGUUUGUAAUUCAGGAUACGUUCUUUUCCAGGGAUCUUGCACCCGUCCAUGUGGAGGACCAUGUGGACCUAACGCUCGUUGUGACAAAGCAAGCAACCAGUGUGUCUGUAACACAGGAUACUUCCUCUACCACGGAUCAUGCGUCUUGCCUUGUGGAGGACCAUGCGGACCUAACGCUCGCUGUGACAAAGCCAGCAACCAGUGUGUCUGUAACACAGGAUACUUCCUCUACCACGGAUCUUGUACUCUGCCAUGCGGAGGACCAUGUGGGCCUAACGCUUACUGUAACAAAGGGUCCAACCAGUGUGUCUGCAACACGGGAUACGUUCUUUACCACGGAUCUUGUACUUUACCCUGUGGAGGACAAUGUGGACCUAACGCCUAUUGCGACAAGGGCAGAAACCAGUGUGUCUGUAACACGGGAUACGUUCUGUACCACGGAUCUUGUACCCUACCUUGUGGGGGACAAUGUGGACCGAAUGAAUCUUGUGACAGUGUAUCUAAUCAGUGCAUGUGUAACCCAGGGUACAAGAGAUAUCACGGUGGACCAUGCUCUUUGCCAUGCGGCGGCCCCUGUGGACCCAAUGCCUACUGUAACCUAGGCUCCAACCAAUGUAUCUGUAACUCAGGGUACUUCUUGUAUCGGGGAACAUGCUCCCUACCUUGUAACGGAGCUUGUGUGUACAACGCCUAUUGUGACAAAGCUAGCAACGAAUGUAAAUGUAACCAGGGCCUCGUAGGCGACCCAACCAAGAAAUGCGGAAUUCCAUGUGAUGGACGGUGCGGAUCAUUCCCACAUUCUCACUGUGACCACAGCACGAACAGGUGUGCAUGUGACACUGGAUACACCGGAAAUCCAUACGGAAGUCUCGGAUGUGUAUGUGACCACAGUGGAGGUGGCCGUUAUUAA